UGUUUGUUCCUCUGGCAGUCCAUGUGUAUGCAAUAUUCUUCACCAACACCGUAAUUCAAAGGCAUCAAUUCUUCUUCGGUCUUCCUUAUUCAUUUUCCAGUUAUUAACGUGGAUGAUGACCAUUUAAAGAUGUGUAUUUUCUAUUUAGACUUACCAGAAUUCUUGAACUAAGCAGACUCGGCAGAGGAAGAACUCCUUCUGCUUUUUUCUAUGCUCUGACUCAGAAUGGCCCUGGGCAAGUUGCGUGGGAAAUGGGAACAUGUGGAUAAAUGCUCCGUGUUCUUUGGCCUCAAUUGUGGCCAAAGAACUGUGGUAAAUUAAAAUUAUUUUAGAAUGGAGAACAUACAUUAAUUUAGGACAUGUCUCUUAUAGACUAAAAGUUGUGUACGUUUAUGCUGUGGUAGACAUCCCGUGCAUUUAUACUGUCUACUUUUCUCCUUGUUAAUAGGAUAAUAAUGAACUAUGACUUCUCUGAUACCUAAAUACUGGGUGUGUUUUGGAGUACAGAGAUAUGUUUAAAAGUCACAUUUUUCUUUAAUGCCCACUGAUGAUCUCUUUAGGGAGAUAAAUUGUGGUCAGAAUUUGAGUUUGUUCAAAUUUUCUUCUUGUUUCCCAUUAAAUAUAAAAUGAGAGCAUCUCCGGGGAAAAACACCCCAAAUUAUUUUAAAGUCCUAUCUGAGGAGCAGGUGUGUUCUCUCCUGAUUUACAGAGCAGGUGCAUUUUAAUUUAACUGCUUUAAAUGAUGAUUAAAAAAUUAUUCAAGCAAAAUAAAGUUUUACAGAUGACUUGUAAACAGUUGCUCUUAUGUUUUUCUUUUGUCAUAUCUUCACAUUACUUAAGUAAUGUGAAUUUUUGGAGAAGGCUUCUAGAAGAACACUGCUCCAAACAUGUGAAGCAUUACAUUCAGUAAGACCCAGCCUUUUCAUAUGUAGGACAAUUGGGCCAGGAAGCCGUGGGUCUUUUCUUUGUCUAGCCUGAGUCUAAGGCAGUGAACAGCCCUCCUGGCUUUUGGGCCCAGUGACAUAUUUUCAUUUGUCAAUUGAACACUAGGAAAGGAGCCCUACAGCCUCCACAGCACCCCCACUUGGCCCUCACCCUCCAACAGGAUUUGCUGCUUCAGCCUUUUAAAUGCCAGGCUCCAUCUCGAAUAUUUGAUGCACCAAGAUGGUGCACUUGCAUAGCUGUUAAUCAGCGUUGUGUGGGUGUGUUUAGAGGGGUCUCCCCUUAACUCAGCUUGAGGUCCUGGUGGCAGAAUCUAAAUAGCACGAGUUACUCAUCAUGAGUACAAAAUUUUUCCCUUUUCAUAUUGAUGCUUCUGAUAUAAUUUUAUACGUUGGCUGAUUGUGUGUGCGUACUUUGUGGCUGCCAAGAUGCAGCUGGAAAGUGUGUGGGGGUUGUGUGCUUCCUCUGAGGCUGCUACAGGUGGUCAGGUGGGGGCGGCCGUGAUAAAGGUACAGCACCCACUUCCGUCAGAGUGUGUUGUGAGUCCUGUAACCCACUGCCUGAACCGAGUCACACUUCAUCCGGAUUCUCUCGUUGGCACUUCAUCUUUUGCUGCUUCUGAUUUGCCUGUUGAAGGUUUAUGACUAAGGUUGUGGUUGAAAAUUCCCUUUUUAGCUGUUUGCUUCAGGAAGUGAGGGCCCCAGGAACAAGGAGAAUCUUCAAGAGCUGCCUUGCAUCGUGACAUGUCUGAUCUCUCGCUCCAGUCCCUGCAGCAUGAACAAGUGCAGAUUAUUUCCGAGCAAGCAAGUAGUAUCUUCCCAGCUUCCCUGAAGCCACUAUAUCAGCAUCUACAGUUUUCCAGAACUGAGACAGACCCAAGGACUUCCCUCCCUGCAUGCCCUGACAGUAGCACCAAGGAUUAUUUUAUGACACUACAGCAGCACGCUUCCUUCACUCCGACCCAGAUUUUUGAGAUGUGUUCCACACUUCCCAGUCCUUUUAAAACCUGUAAGAAUCUGUUGUGCAUAAUGUUACUAUUCUAGUAGCUACUGAAAAAUAUGUUAGCCUACAUAAUCCCUAAGGUCAGUGUGCUUCAUAUAUUUAGAUAGAACCUGCUGUAGAAGGUCAUGCUUACCUUUUUAUCCUAAGAUUCCUUUCUUCAGGCUUUAGAACGGGGCCCGGCUUGUUCUGAUAUCCUGGAAUGUGUUAAAUAAAUCCUUGUUCAACCUAUUCAUAUCCGUCAGACUGCAAAGUGGAGUCUAGCGACUUUCUCUCCUUCCUUCCUCCAUUCCUCAAGCCCUCCCUCCUCAGCACCUGGUACGGUGCUUUUUCUGUAUGUGGAAAACGCUCAGUAAAUGAGGGUGACUGAUCGGUUGCCCUUCACAGAUGAAGCUGCAACAACUAGAAGAUGACAGGGUGGAUGAAGUAGUUUUUUCACCCAGUGGGUGUCAUCUUCUGGUUGAAAGAGAUUACCAGGGACCCUGUAGGAAGAGCCCAGCUACUUGAGAGGUAGAGAGGGUGCAAGUGACAGGGUAUGAGCCUGUGGUGGGUGCCUCUGUGACAAAACAGGUUUGAGACUGCCCAGGGAGUUGUGAGGGCUAAAUGUGCCAAGAAUGGGGCAUGGUCUGUACAUGCUGCAGCUGCUGACGCUGGGACAGCAUGCACAUCUGACCCUCAUUUUUUCCGGUUCUAAACAGGGAACCAGUCUUACAUCUGGUGAAGUGGAUAUGAAAACCAAAACCAAACCCAUUGUCAUCGAGUGAGUUACGACUCAUGGGGACCCCAUGUGUUACAGAGUAGAACUGCUCCAUAGGGUUUUCUUGGCUAUAAUAUUGACAGGAGCAGAUUGCCAGACCUUUCUUCCACGGAGCCACUGGGUAGGUUCAAACUGCCAACCUUUAUGUUGGUCGUCAAGCACAAACUGUUUGCACCACCAGGGCUGCCUAAUGUGGACGUUACUCUUCUUUUUCCUAACAAGUCAACAUUUGGAGAGGAGUGUUCUCUUUCAAAGGCAAACACUGUUUCUUCUGCCUGCCCAGGAGGAUGGUUGGCUCGCCUGUCCCUGACUGUAGGAGAGAGACUAGAGAUAAAUCCAUGUCAUGCAUCCUUCAAAGAGUUAAAUAAUGAUGUUUUAAAAAUGAGAAUCAUCGUGAAAUGUAUGUAACAUAAAAGGCAAAUGCAAACUACUUAAAUGACAGGUGGCAUCAUUUGAAAAGGAUGUGGGGGCUGAUCCCAGAGAAGUGAUCAUACACAGCUGCAUUAAUUUGCCUAAUCACUGGAUUGCUGUAACCAGUGUCUAUAAAUAAACACACAAACUAAUCUUUUGAUUAUCCUUUUUUAUGGCACGUUUUCUUCGCUUUUUCUUCUUCGUGUCUUUUCAUUGUGAUUAAACCGUAUUUCUAAACUCUGUAAUUCCACAGAUUCUUCUAUAACAGUUAUUUCAAGCAACCAAAAUAACUCUGGACAGUUCACAAAGGGAGAAAUACAGAUGGCCAGUAAAUGUAUGGAAAGAUAUUCAGCUUUUGGAUAGCAUUUAGAAAAAGGCAGGGAAAAAAAAUCAAUGAACGUGAUUUUUAAGCAUCAGAUAGGCAAAGAUUAAAAUUAUUGGAAAAACUAGAGUGUUGGCAAGGGUAUGAGGAAACCAGCGUUCACGUGCCAAGUCGACGGGCACUUUAUGGUGGUACCGUAUUUUGGGAAGGCAUUUUGGCAUGAUGUGUCAGAAUUAUAAGAGUGCAUAUCAUUUGACUUACCAAACCUACUUCUAGGGAUUUAAGAUAAUAAUGACAAAAGCAUGUUUUCUUAAGGAUGCAUGUUCUCAGUGUUGUUUGUAAUAUGGAAAAAAAAUGAGAAACGAUAAGUUGUCAUCAGAAGGAUCUGAUUAGAUAAAUUCGUGCACAUAUAGGAAUUCUGUGUAUCCAUUAAGAAAGAUCAGGUUUCAGCAGAGCUUCCAGACCAAGACAGACUAGGAAGAAAGGCCUGGCAAUCUACUUCCAAAAAUCAGCCAGCGAAAACCCUAAGGAUCACAAUGGUCCAAUCCAUUGUGCAUGUCACCAUGAAUCAGGGGCUGACUCAACAGCAGCUAACAAGAACAACAUAUUUAUUGUCAAGGACAGAUGUUUACAACACCUUAGAGUGUGGAAAGCAGAUUACAGAAUAAGGGACCUAGCAUAUUUUCAGUUACAUUAAUCCAAUGCUUCUCAAAUGUUAAUAUGCAAGUGAACAUUUCUGUUUAGACUGGGGUGGGCCUGAGAUUCUGAAUUAACCAUUUUCCUGGUGUUGCCUAUGUUGCUGGUCAAGGACCACACUUUCAGUAGCAAGGUUUACUGUACACAUACACCUGUGUGAGGAUACACACUGGAAAUAUGUCUGGAAAUUUCCUCAAGAUGGUAAAUUUGGGUGAUUUUUACUUUCUUCUUUGUGCUUUUCUGUAUUGUUUAAUACUUUAUAAUGCAUGUAUCUGUAUCAGCUUUACAUAAGCAAUAGAACUUGUUUUUAAAUAGUAGUCUGUUGAAAACAAGUCUUUUUAAAAGAAGUUGACUUCAAAUCUAGUUCUUAAAAAUGUGAGAGAGAGGCAGACCACCCUGGCUAGUCACUUUUAAUGAUGGUGGGUCGUCAGAAUCACAUGAGAAACUUUUGAAAAGCAUAGAUUCUCGAACCUGAUCCCCAGAAAUUUCUGAUUCAUCCAUCUUGAAGUGCAGAAAUCAGCAUUUCACAAAAGCUCAAUACGGGAUUCUGAAGUAUGGUAGUUUGGACCAUUGACUUGGGCUUCAGAUUUCUUAUACAUCAGUUUUCAUGUGUUUAGAGAUUUCCCCCUAUUCCCCUGGUCCCUUCUCCUUUCAGAAUCAUUGUGCUUAGGGGGAUCUGAAGGAGAUGUUGGUGUUCACACUAGGACUUCUAUUCCCAGUAGAAAUGCCUUGAGGAUUUUCUACCUCCUUCCUGAAUGCCAUCCCAGCCUUCUGCAUUCGUUUCCUAGGGCUGCCAUACCAACUACCACAAACUCGGUGGCUUAACACAAUCAGAAUUUAUUCACUCAAAGUUCUAGAGGCCAGAAGUCUGAAGUCAAGGUGUCAGCAGGGCCACACCUCCUCUGAAGACUCCAGAGGAGCAUCCUUCCUUGCCUCUUCCAGUUUCUGGAAGCUCCAGGCGUUCCUCGUCAUGUGUCCGCGUAACUCCAAUCCCUGUCUCGUUGUUACUUGAUUUCUCAUAUGUGUCUUCUCCUUUUCUGUCUCUCAUAAGGACACUUGUCAUUACACUGAGGGCCCACUCGAGUAAUCCAAGAUGGUAGCAUCUCAAGAGCCAAAACUUCAUUACAUCUGCAAUGACCUUUUUCCAAAUAAGAUCACAUUCACAGGUUCUGGGGUUAGGACACAGGCAUAUCUUUUUGGGGCGACACUUCAACCCACUACACCACCUAAGCAAUUCAACAACAGUUUUGAAGUUAAGUGAAACAUUCCAGAUUUGCCAUUUUGUUUUUCUCUAAGGUCGAGGGUUUGAUUUGAUUACUCUUUUCUAGGCACAGCUAUAUGAAGUUCUUCCAUGAAAAAAAUUGAACACUAGCAGUGAGCAGUCAGUAUCUACACUAGUGACGCAGCUACCCUGUGUGGAGCCCAGCGGUUCUGUCCUCAUGGGGCCUCUGCUUGUCGAGCAGUCUUCUUGUACCUGAGGAGCUCAGGCAUAUCCAGUACUGCUUCUGAUUACAUUUAAACUUCUUGCCUGAGCUCUGAGGUGGACACUCACUGACCUGUCACAAGGUUGCCCCACAAAGCUUUGGGGUCCAUGUCUGAAUGGAUUGCUGUAGCCUUCUCAUUUCUCCCUUCGCCCAGUUCCCUGCAUCCUAAGACUCGAAGCUAGCACAGGACCUGGAAAAAUUACAUGGUGUGAACGGCAUGUCUGUGGAUGAGAAGCCUGACUCCCCCAUGUAUGUGUAUGAGUCCACAGUCCACUGCACCAACAUCCUCCUGGGCCUCAAUGACCAACGGAAAAAGGAUAUUCUCUGUGAUGUGACUUUGAUUGUGGAGAGGAAGGAGUUCCGGGCCCACCGGGCUGUGCUGGCCGCGUGCAGUGAAUACUUCUGGCAGGCGCUGGUUGGACAGACGAAACAUGACCUGGUGGUCAGCUUGCCUGAGGAGGUCACGGCCAGGGGCUUUGGGCCGCUGUUACAGUUUGCCUACACUGCCAAGCUGUUACUCAGCCGAGAAAACAUCCGCGAGGUCAUCCGCUGUGCUGAGUUCCUGCGCAUGCACAACCUGGAGGACUCCUGCUUCAGCUUCCUGCAGACCCAGCUCCUGAACAGCGAGGAUGGCCUGUUUGUGUGCCGAAAGGACACCGCAUGCCAGCGCCCGCAUGAGGACCAUGAGAACUCCGCGGGAGAAGACGAGGAAGAGGAGGAGGAGAGGAUGGACUCGGAGAUGGCUAAGAUGGCUUGCGCCAGGGACCAGAUGCUUCCAGACCCCAUCAGCUUUGACGCUGCUGCCGUCCCGGUAGCAGAGAAGGAAGAAGCCUUGCUGCCCGAGUCUGACGUGCCCACAGACAUCAAGGAGAGCUCAGAAAAGGAUGCGUUAACACAGUACCCCAGAUACAAGAAAUACCAGCUUGCAUGUACCAAGAAUGUCUAUAAUGCAUCAUCACACAGUACCUCAGGUUUUGCAAGCACAUUCAAUGAAGAUAACUCUGGCAACAGCCUCAAGCCAGGCCUUGCCAUGGGGCAGAUUAAAAGUGAGCCGCCCAGUGAAGAGAACGAGGAAGAGAGCAUCACGCUCUGCCUGUCGGGAGAUGAGCCUGAUGUCAAGGACAGAGGAGGGGAUAUAGAAAUGGACCAGAAACAGCCCAGCCCCGCCCCCACCGCUGCCACCGCACCCCCAACCCCUGCCGGGGCUGCCUGCCUGGAUAGAUCCAGAAGCGUGUCCUCUCCCUCCUGUUUAAGGUCUCUAUUCAGUAUAACAAAAAGUGUGGAGCUGUCUGGCUUACCCAGUACAUCUCAGCAGCACUUUGCCAGGAGUUCAGCAUGCCCUUUUGACAAGGGGAUCACUCAGGGUGACCUUAAAACUGACUACACCCCUUUCACGGGGAAUUACGGACAGUCCCACGUGAGCCAGAAGGACGUAUCCAACUUCACCAUGGGGUCGCCCCUCAAGGGUCCUGGGUUGGAGGCUCUCUGUAAGCAGGAAGGAGAGUUGGACCGGAGAAGUGUCAUCUUCUCCUCAAGCGCUUGUGACCAAGUGAGCACUGCGGUGCAUGCAUAUUCUGGGGUGAGCAAUUUGGACAAAGACCUCUCUGAGCCAGUGCCAAAGGGUCUGUGGGUAGGAGCUGGCCAGUCCCUCCCCAGCUCGCAGGCCUACUCCCACGGCGGACUGAUGGCUGACCACUUGCCAGGUAGGAUGCGGCCCAACACCAGCUGCCCGGUGCCAAUCAAAGUCUGCCCUCGCUCGCCCCCCUUGGAGACCAGGACCAGGACUUCCAGCUCAUGUUCCUCCUACUCUUACGCAGAGGACGGGAGUGGGGGCUCGCCCUGCAGCCUCCCUCUCUGCGAGUUCUCCUCCUCACCCUGUUCCCAGGGAGCCAGAUUCCUUGCCACAGAACAUCAGGAACCAGGCCUGAUGGGAGAUGGAAUGUACAACCAAGUCCGGCCCCAAAUUAAAUGUGAGCAGUCUUAUGGAACCAACUCCAGUGACGAAUCCGGAUCGUUCUCGGAAGCAGACAGUGAGUCGUGUCCUGUGCAGGACAGGGGCCAGGAGGUCAAACUUCCUUUUCCUGUAGAUCAAAUCACAGAUCUUCCAAGGAACGAUUUCCAGAUGAUGAUUAAGAUGCACAAGCUAAGCUCAGAACAGUUAGAGUUCAUUCACGAUGUCCGACGGCGCAGCAAGAACCGCAUCGCGGCCCAGCGCUGCCGAAAGAGAAAACUGGACUGUAUUCAGAAUUUAGAAUGUGAAAUCCGUAAAUUGGUGUGUGAGAAGGAGAAACUGUUGUCAGAGAGGAAUCAACUGAAAGCAUGCAUGGGGGAACUGCUGGACAACUUUUCCUGCCUUUCCCAGGAAGUCUGCCGAGAUAUCCAGAGCCCCGAGCAGAUCCAGGCCCUGCACCGGUAUUGCCCUGUCCUGAGACCCGUGGAUCUCCCCACUGCCUCCAGUAUUAACCCUGCGCCCUUAGGCGUUGAGCAGAACCUUGCAGCCUCGCAGUGUGCGAUGGGGGAAAACGUGGCCUGCUGCCUGGAGCAGGGUGCAGCGCCCCCUGCUGUCCCAUGGGUACCCAGCAAUGCCUCAGAGAAUUGUACCUCUGGAAGGAGGCUGGAAGGCCCUGAACCAGGGACUUUCUCAGAGAGAGCUCCUCCUCUUGAACCCAGGGGCCAAACGGUGACCGUGGACUUCUGCCAGGAAAUGACUGAUAAAUGUACAACUGACGAACAGCCCAGAAAAGACUACACCUAGUGACUCAGACCUGCCCUGCAAUUCUCACGCCUCUCCCACCCAGGUGUUCUUCCAUCAGCCUGGGCGCUGUUCAUCUGUUGUCCCGAAGAACGAAGAACCAUUUGGUGCACACUACAGCAGUCUUAGCAGCAAUACUGUUUCUAAGUAUUCCUUCCUCUCUUCAAGCAGGAGUGAUGUAUAGUUACCUUUACAAUGGUGCUACCCCUUGCUCAGGCAAGGAAAGACAGCGGUGGCCACACUGUCUGUCUGUGGGUUAAUUUCAGUCUUAACAGGGAUAGACUAGAACACCUCUAGGACCCAACCACGGAUGUUUUUUUCUCAGUGGCCCAUGUCACAAACCCUAUCUCAGGAAUUUCUUCUGAAUGUUCAAUUUUUUUCAUUGAAGACAGCUUCUAUACACAUCAAAGUUUUAUAGCUAGACUGUACAUAUUAUAUAUAAUAUAUAUAAAAUAUAUAUAUAUAUAUCUCCAUAUGCAAAAGUCCUGCAUGCCUCAAUUUUCUCAUCCUAAAACUGGAAACUUCAUUUCUCAUUUAUAAACAGGUUCCAACAUUCCUCUUCUUUUGUCUUUGAUGCUAGAACUAGUUUGGUAACUGUUAACAAGGUCAUUUUUUCUUGCUUCACAGUUGAAUUUCAAUUUGUACUUAUUUAUGGACAAAAUUCAAUGUUGGAAACAUUUUGGGGGAGCGGAGUUUUAUUUCAGACCUUUUUUGUUUGGUUUGGUUUAGGCACCACCAAAUGGUGUCUGUCAUUUGAGCAUCAUGGGUUGGGUUUUUUUGUUGAUUUUCUUGCAGAUACUGUACAGUAAUGGUCAACUUUGCCACUUGCACUGAGUUUUGGGUCAAACCUAUUUUCUUAAAUGAAGUUGUGACUUCAGUAUAACUCAAGUAUACUGUAUACUCUUUGCUUUUAGUUAAAAAGUGAAACGUUUUUAGCUAAUUAAAAGCACUCAGGUGAUAAUUAUGUAGGAAAAAACAAUCUUGCCAAAUAAUGAAUUCAUCCUAUGAUGUAUAGACAAUAAUCUGCUUGAAUAUUUUUAUAUUUCACCUCCUCUCCACCUUUCCCUAAGAAAGUUUAAAUGCAGACAAGUUCAGCGUUGAUGCUAGAUGUUCAGAUUCCUAAGUGGGGAGAGAAUUUGAACAUCUCACUCAAAAGUGCAUCAGCAGAGCAGGAAUCCAUGAUUUUAUACCAGAAUUCAGCAGGCAUUGGCCCCUAGAAAUCAAGUUAGAACUGUUUUCUCACCCAGGGAGUCAGUCCCAUUCAUUUCAACACUUUGUCAGGCCACUGCUUGCUCUUGGAAGUGUUGUGCAGUAGGACCUUCUUUGAAGGACUUGACUGACCAGCCACUCAGCUUCCCUGCCCAGGAUCAACCUCCCAGGACACGUCACCUUGGAGAUUUUGAAUCGAGGUUCCUCAGAUCCUGCCUUUAAGUGGUGGUCGCGGGUUGGUACAGCUUGCCCAGAGUAGGAGAGAGUAGGGCAGGUGCAAGCCUGAAGUCUGUCCCUGACACAUGCAAAAGCGUUUUUUUGUCUCCCUUCCUUCUGCAAAUGUUUUGAGUUGAAUUCUGCGGUUUCUCCCCUGGUCUCUUGCCUGAAGGCUGAUUUCAUUCUGAGGCUUUGGACAAGAUAUGCCAGGAACCCUCUUACCCCCUUCCCCACAUACACACACCUACCCUCACCUUUUGGUAACUUUCUUCUCUUGCUGCAAUACUGGUUGCCUUGCAACCCACCGAGAGCAGCUUCCCUUGAUUCCGGGGUGUGUUUACAGCAAGGUGUGCCCCGGGAUUCUGCAGCAGGGAAGGAGGAUUCAGCUCCCUCCCUCCAGUGGUCUGUCUGGCUGAGCAGCCCAUGGGCCCCUCCAGCCUGGCUGUGCAGGAGUCUUGAACAGUUUGAUGUGGGGAUGGGGUGGUGGGUAGUGGGGAUUAGAUGGUUGACUUUGUUUCUUUAUUUGUGCCAUUGUUUUUGUUUGGGCAAUAUUAAAGCUGCAUGUAAAAAGAGGGGAAAUUAGUAUAUGAUGUAGGCAAGAAGUGAAAUCAUAGUAACAUAUGUUUUAGUAUUAUUAACUUUUUUCUGUACAAAAUAUAAGCGCUAAAUGUUUAAAUAGGUGUGAAUGCCAGAAAUUUGUUGGUUCAUGCGAUAGGAUUUUUUUUUAAAAAAAGGCUUUUCUUUGAAAAUGGUUCCACUUUUAAAACCUGCCUCUGGGUUUUUGUUUUUCCUCGUGUGUGUAUGUGUGCGCAUGCGUGCUUGUCUGAGACAGAUUUUGAUAAAGCUCUGUGUUCAAGAUGACGUGUUUAUUACGGAUGUGGAAUGUCUUGGCCUAGUAGAGCAGUUCUGGGCUUCACCAUAAGGUUUGCCUUUGUGGAAAACUGGUGACAGCUGGAAUUUAAAAUUCAAUGUGAAUCACAUGAUACUUCACAGGCUUGUGUUAUGGUGGAGGAGUCAGCCAACAGUAUUUUGUUUUUUAACUAUUUUGUUGCCUUUUUUAAGUGACCUCUCCUCUCCUUCUUUACAGAAGAAUGUUUUCUGCUCUUACGCUAACCAGGUCCAAACCAGCUUCCUGGGCAUGCUUUGCCCUGGUAACAACUCAUGUGCAACUGGUAGUCUUGACCACAUUCCGUCCAUUUCCUCUAGUUUCUGUUGUUCAAUCCGCACAGACCUUGUGCUGCCGCAAUUUCCGAGUGGGGCGGGACCUCUUUAUUUCUCUCCACCCUAGCUCAGCCCACAUCCUCCUGCCACCAACCCUUGCCUCGCUUUUCUUCCUCAUGCCCAACCACACCCGUGCUGUGGGAACUGGUUAAAAACACUGCUCUUAAAAAAAACUGUCUUUCAAGUUCUUAAAGGUGUUUUAAAAGUUAUUAUUUCAUGCAUUAUUCACCAUGAACAGUGACUGGCUUUGUGCAAUUGCUUAUGUGACAUGUCUGUGUCUUUUACCACUUGGAACCAUGUGCUUGUCAGAAUUAUCUCUGGGCUGAUUCAAAGGGAUGACCAGCUGGGGGCCAGGAUCCAAAUUGCCUCAAGUAGGAUGUAAAAAUCCAGCCUAUCUCCUUUCCCUGGGAUCCCUUAGUCAACCCCAUGUCUUUUAUGAAAAGGAAAAGCAAGUUAACAGCAAAGAAUAAUGUUUGCACAGAACAGUGACAUUUAGUUGUGCUUUUAAGGGUCCUUCAUUACAAAAUGAGCCCUGGUGGCGCAGUGGUUAAGAGCUAUGUCUGCAAACCCAAAGGUCGACAGUUGAAAUCCACCAGCCGCUCCUCAGAAACCCUGUGGGACAGUUCUACUGUGUCCUAUAGGGUCCCUAUGAGUCAGAAUCAACUCAAUAGCAACAGGUUUUUUUUGGUUUUCCAUAUGAAGUAGAGGACCCUGUAACUGUGGACUUCUUAGGGGGAUCCCGGUGACAGCAGAGACAGUGGAGGUGGCUCUGUGAGUAGUUAACAUCCCACCUGAAUGCUGUCCUCCCCUUGGAUCUGCCUUUGUUCUACUUGUGUUUCCAGACAUCUUCACUUCAUUCAGGUUUGUCAGGCUUUGGGCAGGUGAGUGCUUUGCUGUGUGUUUGUUUCUUUGUGUUAUCUGGGGGUGCCUUGAAUAAAAUCAAACUUUGUUACAUACUGAUUCUGGAACAAAAUAGUUGCAAAAAGGCAAAAAAAAAAAAAAAAAAGGCUGACAAAGUGACUAGGCCAUCCUGCUACUUCUCCUCCAGGUUCCCUAACAAACAAUGACUCAGGCGUCAGAGGUGAUGCUGCAGUAUAAAAUGGUAUUUUGUAUAAUGUACAAGUAAUUUAUUAACUGUCUUUCUAAAGGUAUGCUGCUUUUAAGAUGCACUAUAAUUCUGGAUUUAAUCCUUGUAUUGCUUUUCCAAGGAAGUAAAAAAAGGGUAGUGAAUAUGUAUUCCAAUUGCCACUUCUCCUUGAAAAGGGGAGCUGGGACUAGCUAGAUGACUUCAUGGGAGUGGCCAAAAGGUAAGCUUGCAUAAUGUGAAGUUUGGUGCUGUUGUCAAGAGGCCUAAACCUACACAAUCUCUUUGAAUACUUUAAAUUGCCAUUAGAAAAGAAGACAAAGAAGCAAAACAAGUCUUGAAAAUUACAAGCCUUUUAAGAAACUGCAAAGACCUGCCCCUAGAAGCUACUUCACAUCCUCCGGAGUGACAUAAUCCUCUCAGCAUGAGUAAAAGCCUGCAAAAUAUUUUCAAAUCCCUGUUUGGCUGCUUACUUCUAUAGAUUAUAUCCCAUUUAAACUAGAAACGGUUUAAUAAAUAACUUCAAACUGCUCCACUAUUGCUACAGUUUAGGAGACUCUUAGGUCUGCAAGGGAGCUAGAAUCAAGUUUUGUUUUCAAAGCAUUGUAAAUAGACUAAGGGAUGAGAUUUUUGUUUUUAAGAAUAAAGCUGUUCAUUGUAUCGUGAGUUAGUGUUUCUUUCCAAAAUGGAGGAUUCUUUUGUAGGUUCAAUUUCUGGCAAGUCAGUCCACAGUGCAAUGCCCUGUGUGGAGUUGGUAUUCGUACAGGAAGUCUGUGUACCUAGAGGCGCUCUGUGUACAAGGUGUAUGUUUAUAAUACUGCCCGAGCCAUCUCCUGACCCAGGCAUCAAACAUUGAUGCUGUAGAAUGGAAUAUAUUUGCACACACAUGGUGUGUGCAAGUAGUAUUUGUAUAUAGAAAAGACUGUUGUGGCAGAUUGAGGAUAAAUUAUUCAACCGACGGUGCAAAAACAUUACUUGCAAAGAAAAAUAAGUGUAUAGUAUUUUCCUACACUCCAUCCUGGUAGAUAAUAUUUAUAUCAAAUGAGUAUUAGUGCAUUUUAAUUGUAAUAUGAAAAUGAUGCUGCCACUUUGUGAAGAAUAUCCAUUUGGUUGCAGAGGCCAACUUUUGUAGCUUUGAUUUAAUGUCGUGACAUGGUGUGUGCAUUUCGCUAUCAAGCAAUGGAGAAACAACUCUUUCAUUUUCAUUCCAGUUUAUUGACCUCAGAUGAAACAGUGGCCCUUCUUAGAAGCAGAAGUGCACCAAGACCAUUCAUUUCAGGUAGACUCACACUCAGUGCCAAAUGCUCCCUUGGGGACAAUGGGACAUGUAUAUCAGGAAAGAGUGAAGGGACUUGGACAAAGAGGGUUCUUCCCACAGAUUGAUGCUAAGUCUACCAAAACAUGUCUGAGGCCAGUGGGCGACCUCCACUUGAGUCCUAACAGAGUGCAUUUUGCAGGAGAGAGCCCAUUUGCGCUCUGACGUAAAAGCCCUGCCACUUCUACACAUGAUCAGGAAGAUUCCAAAUGCAUUCGGGAGUUUUGGGUGCUUGUAGACACAGUGAGCCAUUCAAGGCAAGCACCACCUUUGCUUUUGAGGCCAGGAGAGCCAAUGAAAAUUUGUUCCAGAACCAGUCGGAUGCAAGUGCACCUCUAAUAUAUGCCUUACAAACUCCAGAGGCCAUAUUCAAAACAGGGUCUUCUCAGUGUAUGCAAGGGGCUGCAGCCCCUCUUCUCUUCCUCCCCAGGUUGAACAAUACGGACAGUUUUCACACAUAUCUACCUGUAUAACCCUCUGUACCUCUCAUAACUGGUCAAUGACUGUAACAGGUUACAUCAGGUGUUUUUCUACAUACUUUUUACACAGAUUCUAUGCGAUUAAUGUAACUUAAUUCAAUGCAUCAUUUUAUUGUACUAGUUCUUAGGCUUAUUGUUUUUUUUUCUAAGUGAUUGUGGUUUUUCUUGUGGUUUUUAUUGUAAAAAUGAAAUGGCUGUUGAUGCUUAUUCUCUGUAACUAAGAAUUUUUACCUUUUUGGAAAAAAGCAUUGCUAUGAACUAAUGAAUGGAAACUUCAUUUACUCAUUGUAAAUACACUAUUGUGCAAAAAAAAAAAA